AUGGCCGCCUACUUCUCUCUGUUUCUGCUGCUGCAGCAGCUGCUGCUGCAGCCACUGGUUCUGCAGCUGCUGCAGCACGCGCAAGCAGACCCAUCGGUGCCGAGUCUGCAAAGCAUUGCUGCAGCAGCAUCGGCAAGAGCACCAGAAGCUGGAGCUCUUAAAGAUGCAGCACCUCCAGUGAAGACAGCAGCAACAGAAGCAACGCUACGAGGAGGACAGGGGCAGCAGGAUUCUGCUGCUGCAGUUUCAACAGCAGUGCCCUCCGAACCAGCAGGAGCAACAACAGCAGCAGCAAAUGCAACGGAGGGUGCAGCGGACUCAGCAGCAGCAGAAUCAGUGGAGCGGCUGCUAAAAGGGCAGGUGAAGCUGCCUCUAACCUACAGCAGCAUACUCUCGUUGCUGCCGCAGCUGCAGCAGCGCUUCCCGCAUCUUGUGCGAGUAAAAGAUGCUGUUAAGACCUUUGACCUCGAGGAGGAAGCAAAAGAGCUUAUAUGUGGGAGGGAGACCUGCCAAGUGCCGUAUGUAGAACUGGGCCUCCGCAGCAGCCUCAACAGGAGCACCCCUACUCUAUUUUACAGCGGGCUGCUGCACGGAGACGAAGUGGUUGGCCCCACACUGGCGGUUUAUUUGGUUGCGCUCCUUGCCUCGCAGUUUACUGAAAUCGACGAGGGUUUUGAGGGGUGUAUUAUUUGCUAUCCAACCGCUUGCUGGUGGUAUUUCCUUUCUUUAAUCCUUGGGGCUUCUCACGAGAUAAAAGAGAAGAAAGAGGCAUUGACCCCAACAGAGACUUCCCCUACCUCAACAGCAAAUGCUUCUCAUCCGCUGGUGGCUGCUGCCUUCGAACGCUAUUUAUUUACUGCGGGGAUUACGUGGCAUGGCGGCAUGCGAGCGAUCGGUCGGCCUUGGGGCUCCUUUGACCACUCAGAGCCUGUUGGACAGGGUUCAUUCCGCAGUCGGCCUUCGCCUGACGAUGUGUCGUUUGCCAAGCUCGGCCAGUGGCUGCAGGCAGCUGGGGGUCCAAGCUCAACGGAGUAUUCUUCUCCUUAUUUAUCAGCAUAUUUUGUGGAGGAGCAGCGGCGCCGUCGUGAGCAGCAGCAGCAGCAAGCGAUACAGCUGCAGCAGGAGCGGCACCGCCAUUCAUUGUUGAGUUUGUUUUGGGGUGUUGAUCAAGAUGAAGAUGCUGCAUUAGAAGCCCCAAGCAUUGCUCAUGCAUUCUACCCAGAGGGCCCUGUCUCGGAUGUUAUUUAUCCAGUUAAUGGGGGUUUAGAAGAUUGGGCAUACUCUGCAGCUUUUCAGUCGAGCCCCCUACCUAUCAGUGCAUGCAAAGCCAGCCCCAAAACUCCCCGCAUGCAUGCGCAUGCGCAUGCAAAGGCGCAUGCGCAGGCAAAGGCGCAUGUAGCGCGCAUGCAUACGCCCUGGUGGCAGCAGUGGCUUCCUGCUGCGAUUGCAGCGAAGCAACAGGACCUGCUAGAAGAGCAUCCACAGACACCUCAAGAAGAAGACAAAGAAAAAGAUAAAGAUAAUAAAGAUAAAGAUAAAGAUAAAGCCGUCACGAGAGACUACUCGGCUGUACGCUGCGCCAUCUUCCUUGUUGAGACGCACGAUGAUAAACACCCGAAGCCAGAAGAAUACGGGGAACUUCCGGUGUCUUUGGUGGCUUCGCCGUCUGUAGUCGAUGGCCUGCUCGCUCGCAAUAUCCGCAUGGCGAUGAAAAUGGCAGAAAAAGCGCAGCCUGAUAUCCUCAUUCUGGCGGCUCCUUCGAUGUAUCAGGCCCCAGGGUGUAUUGCCAACUUCGCCCUGUGGCCUGUGGGCUGCGAGAAGCUCAAUUCGAUGCGUGUGGUGACGAAGCAAGGGAAAUGCCACGAGUUUGUUAAAAAGAGUAAAGUGGCUUUUCCUCCGGAUAUCGAAAAUGCAGACUUCGAUGAAGAUGAACACGAGGUGUACGAGUUGACUGAAGCCUGGCAUGCAGCGCCUUUGCUAAACAGCGAGAAGAUUUUGAAUAGGAGUUGCAGAUCUGCUGCUGCAUGGGAGCGGCCGCAAGGAGAUGCACCCGAGCCUUUCUUUCGCAACUGGACAAAGAAUUACGAUGAAAUUCAUGAUGCCUUCAGCAAGGCAGAGAGAGAAGGCAUGGAAUUCGUUCGAUUUAAAGUACCCCCGGAGACGCCUGAGUGGACGGAGAAGCUGCCUCGUGCCGAUCCCCCUGUGCCUCCUCAGUCUUGGCUGGCUAGGAGCCGCGGCGAAAACCCCCGGGGUAGCGCUCCUAAAGGAGCUGCAAUCAUAAGGGGAGGCAAACAGUGGAUUUUCCCGGUGCGAUCGCCGGCCUUUCCUGGCAAUUUGACCCCCGUUGGAAUUCCUCUACAAAUUCGAGAUGAUGCAAUUGAGGCUUUUGCUGCUGUCUCCCUUGUGCUGCCCGCAGCAGCAGCAGCAGGAACAGAAGCAGCAGAAGCAACAACAGCAAAAGCAGCGGCACCAGCAGCAGCAGCAGCAAGAGCAGCAUCAGAGAUCGUAGCAGCAGAAGCAGAUGCAACGGGAGAAGCAGCAGCAACAACAACAGCAGCGCAACAGCAGCAGGUGCUGCAGGUGUCGCUUACUGUGUCUGGCUUCCUCAAUGAAGAUCCAGUCUUCUUUAAUCCCUACACCCGGCUGCUGCUGCCCGCGAAGCAGCUGCAGCAGCAGCAGCAGCAGAUGCAGCAGCAGCAGGAGUGGGAGAAGCUCGGCUUUCAGCCGCUUCCAAGUGCAACAAAACCAGCAGCAGAUGUGCUGCUGUCCGUACACCCCAACCUAUCAGAGCUUCCUGAGGGUUUCCUCUUCAUUCAAAUAGAGAGGCGCGACCCUCAGUACAGCAGCAGCAGCAGCAACAACAGCAGCAGCAGCAACGACAACAUAGUGCACGUCGCUACGAUUGCGACCGGGCGAGAAGGCGUGGAGCAGCAACAGCAGCAGAUGCAACAGCAGCGGCGGCUGCAGAGGCAGCAGCAGCGGGCGCCUAGUCGAGUGCUGCUGCAGACAGAAGGAGAGGUUAGGGUGCGCUUGAGGGUUUCUGUUUCUCGUAUUCUGGGUCAGGGGUUUAUUGCUUCCUGGGUGCCUGCUGCUGCUGCUGCUUCGGAUGCAGCAGCAGCAACAACAACAACAGCAGCAGCAGCAGCAGCUGCUGCUGCUGCUGCAGUGCAGACGGGGGCUUCUGUCUCGGCAACUGCUGCGCUGGCAGGCAGCCAGCAUACUCCUCAGCUGUAUGUACACCUGAACGAGGAUUUUAAUGCGUAUUUAAAUACAAAAGGAGGCAAACACCCGACUAAGAUAAACCCUUACAUGUUCUUCCCUUACGUUCGUAGCUUUAAUUGUUUGCUGGAGCCAGCAGGGGCUCGGACUGGGCAGUCUGCUGCUGCUGCUGCUGCAGCAGCAGCAGCAGCCGUUAAGGGCUCCAGCGGUGCGGUGUCUGUACACCGCAAGCUGCUUCUGCUGCCAGACCCCACACCAGCGCAGCAAACGGGUUUGCUGCUACACGGAGUUAUUAAUAUAUCUUCUUUGUGGAUGAAGCCCCACGACGGGCAGACAAAUAUACAAGGAGAGUUCUCUGCAAAUAAACGCUCAAACGCCUCGCUGCUUCUGCAGUUUGCGGAGGGAUGCUGCCCUACUUUGUUGCUGCAUCGCCAAGAAGAGGGUUGGGCUGUACGUGCAGCUCUCACUGUACAAAAAUGCGGAUGCGGACCCGGCACCGUUGUAACGGCCUCCCUGGUCCCUAUCGGGAUCAGCAACAGCAGCAGCAGCAGCAGCAGCAGCAGCAGCAGCAGCAGCAGCAGCAGCGGGCUUGACGACGAUGAAGAGCUUCUCGGUGCUCGCAUCCUUAAUCCAGAGGAGGCCUCUGAAGCAGCAGCAGCAGCUGCUGAUGCAGCUAAAACAAAUGAUGUUUGGCCUGCAAUCGGGGUGUACGCGGAGUAUCGUGAACACCGUGAGCGUUUGCUGGAGCAGCUGCAGCAGCAGCAGCAGCAGCAGCAAGCGGAGCAGUCGCCGGAUCAGCAGCAGCAGCAGCAGCAGCCUUCUUCUUUGACUCCGCAGCAAAUAGCAGCAGCCGUGCGGCGCGCAAGCGGCGUCCAAGGUAUUGCUGGUGCUGGUGCUGCUGCUGCUGCUGGUGCUGCUGCUGCUCUCACAGGGGGUGAGGCUUCUGCUAGCUCUGGCGCCACUUGGGGUUUCAGCAAAGACGGAGGAAAAACAAAAUACAAUGAAUUCUUCUUCUGGGGUAUUCUACUUCUCAUAGCAGCAGCAGCUGCUGAUGCAGCUAAAACAAAUGAUGUUUGGCCUGCAAUCGGGGUGUACGCGGAGUAUCGUGAACACCGUGAGCGUUUGCUGGAGCAGCUGCAGCAGCAGCAGCAGCAGCAGCAAGCGGAGCAGUCGCCGGAUCAGCAGCAGCAGCAGCAGCAGCCUUCUUCUUUGACUCCGCAGCAAAUAGCAGCAGCCGUGCGGCGCGCAAGCGGCGUCCAAGGUAUUGCUGGUGCUGGUGCUGCUGCUGCUGCUGGUGCUGCUGCUGCUCUCACAGGGGGUGAGGCUUCUGCUAGCUCUGGCGCCACUUGGGGUUUCAGCAAAGACGGAGGAAAAACAAAAUACAAUGAAUUCUUCUUCUGGGGUAUUCUACUUCUCAUAGUUAAGAGGAGAGGCGGCAUUUGCUGCUGCUUUGCUGCUGCUUCGAGGCAGCAAGUACGUUAUGAGGUCCUAGGGGGAAGUGCAGCAGAAGCAGCAGCUUCAACGACGCGUUCUGCUGCAGUUGCUCCUGCGGAUGCUGCUGCUGACGUUCCUGCUGCUGGUUCUGCUGCUGCACAGCUGCAGCAGCAUGCUGUAACAGCAGAAACACCGAAUGAGGCUCCCCCCCCUGCUGCUGCUCCUGCUCCUGCUCCUGUAAUAUGA